AUGGACGAGCACCAUCACACGGCGACCAGCGGCUCGACCUCGACGGCUGCGAUGAACAACUCGGCUGGCACACCGACCGGUGGUGGCGGUGCAGGUGGAGGUAGCGGUAGCCCGACAGGCGACUCAGUAAAACACGAAGAAGCCCGACUGAACGCAGAUUCUGACGAUGGAUCACAAGCACAGGAUCCAGGGUAGGC